AUGCCUGGCAGGAAUCACAGCGCCUCGUCCGAGUUUAUCCUCUUCGGCUUCUCAGCCUUCCCACGGCAGCUGCUGCCAGCUCUCUUCCUGCUCUACCUGCUGAUGUACCUGUUCACGCUGCUGGGGAACCUGCUCAUCCUGGCUGCCGUGUGGACAGAACGCCGACUCCACACGCCCAUGUACCUCUUCCUGUGUGCCCUCUCCACCUCUGAGAUCCUGUUCACCAUUGUCAUCACGCCUCGCAUGCUGGGCGACCUGCUCUCCGCCCACCACGCCAUCACCUUUGUGGCCUGUGCUGCCCAGAUGUUCUUCUCCUUCACGUUCGGCUAUGCCCACUCCUUCUUGCUCAUGGUCAUGGGUUAUGACCGCUAUGUGGCCAUUUGCCACCCACUGCGUUACAACGUGCUCAUGAGCCCCACGGGUUGUGUCCACCUUGUGGCCUGGUCCUGGGCUGGUGGCUCAGUCAUGGGGAUGACGGUGACACUGAUAGUUUUCCACCUUACCUUCUGUGAGUCUAAUGUGGUCCGCCAUAUUCUCUGUCAUGUGUUUUCCCUCUUGAAGUUGGCCUGCGGGGAGGAGACAGGCUCUGUCACCCUGGGUGUCAUCCUGGUGUGUGUCAUACCCCUGAUAGGCUGCUUAUCCCUCAUUAUCCUCUCCUAUGUCUUCAUUGUGGCCAUCAUCUUGAAGAUCCCCUCUCCUGAGGGCCGGAACAAGACCUUCUCCACGUGUGUAUCCCACCUCACUGUGGUGGUUGUGCACUAUGGCUUUGCCUCCAUGAUCUACCUCAAGCCAAAGGGUCCCCAUUCUCUGUACACUGACGCUCUGAUGUCCACCACCUAUACGGUUUUCACCCCCUUCCUCAGCCCAAUCAUUUUCAGCCUCAGGAAUAAGGAGCUGAAAAACGCCAUAAAUAAGAGCUUCUACAGAAAAUUCUGUCUGCAAAAUUCCUAA